CGCCCGGUGCCCUCUGCAGCGGAGCAGAGACGGGGCCGGGGCUGGGGCCAUCCCCGCACGGAGUUCGUCGCCCACCGGAGCCGCCCGGGCUCGGCGUGCCGGUGCCGGCCGGGAGGGAAGGGGCUGCACCUGCCCAGCGCCGGGAGAGGAGGAGGCUUUCCCCCGGCGCUCGGUGCUCCCGGGCAUCAGUCGCACCCACCGGGACGCACCGGCUGGAUUUGUGGAGUCGGAAAGACUCCGGGAUCGCCAGAGCCAGGAGGAGCUGUGGCGUGCUCGGGCAGGCUGCUCCAGGAGAGCCAGGGAAGAUGACAUCUCGGUUCCUCUGAGCCAGCAGUGCCCAGGGAGAGCCAUGGAGUACGAGCUGCCCAACGCCACCGCCUUCUGGUUCUCCCCGGCCUCCCCCUUCGACAACUUCUCCCUGGAGGCGCCCACCAACACCUCCCAGAACGCCACGGGCCAGCACUUCGACCUGACCAGCAACGCCAUCCUCACCUUCAUCUACUUCGUGGUGUGCAUCGUCGGGCUGUGCGGCAACACGCUGGUCAUCUACGUCAUCCUGCGCUACGCCAAGAUGAAAACCAUCACCAACAUCUACAUCCUCAACCUGGCCAUCGCCGACGAGCUCUUCAUGCUCGGCCUGCCCUUCCUGGCCAUGCAGGUGGCCCUGGUGCACUGGCCCUUCGGCAAAGCCCUCUGCAGGAUCGUCAUGACAGUGGAUGGCAUCAACCAGUUCACCAGCAUCUUCUGCCUGACGGUUAUGAGCGUCGACCGGUACCUGGCUGUGGUCCAUCCCAUCAAAUCUGCCAAGUGGAGGCGGCCCAGGACAGCCAAAAUGAUCAACGUGGCCGUCUGGGGCGUCUCCCUGCUGGUGAUCAUGCCCAUCAUGAUUUAUGCUGGGGUGCAGCACAACCACGGCAGGAGUAGCUGCACCAUCAUCUGGCCGGGAGAGUCGGGCGCCUGGUACACGGGAUUCAUCAUCUACGCCUUCAUCCUGGGCUUCCUGGUGCCUCUCACCAUCAUCUGCCUCUGCUACCUGUUCAUCAUCAUCAAAGUCAAGUCCUCGGGCAUCAGGGUGGGCUCCUCCAAGAGGAAAAAGUCCGAGAAGAAAGUCACCAGGAUGGUGUCCAUCGUGGUCGCCGUCUUCAUCUUCUGCUGGCUCCCCUUCUACAUCUUCAACGUCUCCUCCGUGUCCGUCAUGAUCGUGCCCACGCCCGUCCUCAAGGGCAUGUUCGACUUCGUGGUGGUGCUGAGCUACGCCAACAGCUGUGCCAACCCCAUCCUCUACGCCUUCCUGUCCGACAACUUCAAGAAGAGCUUUCAGAACGUCCUGUGCCUGGUGAAGGUCAGCGGCAUGGACGAGGCCGACCGCAGCGACAGCAAGCAGGACAAAUCCCGCCUCAACGAGACCACGGAGACGCAGAGGACCCUGCUCAACGGCGACCUGCAGACGAGCAUCUGAGGGGACGCCGGGUUUGUCCUGCCUGCGCCCCUGCCCGGCUGCAGCAGGGGUGGCACCGCGGGGUCAGGGCGGGAAUGCCACCUGAGGGGACGGCUGGGAGCGCCCCAUGGCCUCGGGGCUCCUCCGCUGGGCUCCUCUCUGCUGGGCUGGCUGGGAAGGAUACGGGUCAGGAGGAGCCGCCUCGCCAGGAAAACAAAGACAGCUCGCGGCGACACCAAAGUGCCACCGUGGGCACGGGUACGGCCGGGGUCCCCCGUGCCACCCUCGGGGCCGGCUGGCUUUGGGGCUCUGCCCCUGGACACACCGGGCGACCUCAGGAGGAGCCGAGGCCACAGGUGUGUGACAGCACGAGGACUCCGAGCUGGUGGGAUCUCCCGGCGAGUGUCCCUCCCUCCCGAGGCGACCAGGAUGUUUGGGAUUGCGUUGUCCCCGGGUUAUUCUCUGCUCUGCCGCAGCCGCCCUGCCCGGAGGGGACACGCCAGCUCGGAGGUGACAUCCCGGGGGACGCAGCUGUGCCCCCGCAGCAGCCCCUCUGACGCCGCCCUGCCUCCUGCAGCCCUGCGGAGCCCUUUCCCUGGCCCUGCCGCAGAUUUUCUCCUCGGAUGGAGAAUUUCUUCCCCCUCUGCCCUCCCCGGGAGGCGCUGCCCCUCCCUCCGUCCGCAUCGGCCGGUCCCACGCUGCUCCGGGCACCACGAGCGCUCCGCUCCCUGCUGGGAGAUCCUUGGAAGUGUUUCAGCGGCGGUGGCACGCUGCAGGAGCCUGGCACGGGCACCUCGCGCUGCCAGCGGCUCCUGCGCCCGGCUCGCAUCGAGGUUUGUCCGGCCACGGCUCCGAGGAUCUCCGGCUGACCCCUCCCUGCUCCUGCCAGGCAAGUCACGCCGGAGGCAGGGGUGAUGGAGAGCGUGGGGGCGGGCAGGGGGGCUGGGGACUCGCUCCCCACCCGCGCCCGAGCCCAAGGCACCGGGCAGAGCAGACAGCGGGGCUCCCAGCAGCCGGGGAUGGGGAAGGGCAGCGCGGAUCCAUCCCCUGGAUCCUGCACUGUGCGAGGGGCAGCGGGGCUGGCCCCACAUCCGCUCUGUUUGCCUUCCCAGCACUGUCCCUGUCCCUGUCCCUGUCCCUGUCCCUGUCCCUGUCCCUGUCCCUGUCCCUGUCCCUGGCUGCCCUCCCAGCUCAGCAUAAACCCGGGGCUCUGACCCCCCCCGAAGCCCCUCCCUGGGCAGCGCAGCUCCAGGGAAAGCCCAGGGGAGAGGGAGAAGUGCCGGUUUCCUGCCGGAGCAGCGUUCACAGGCCCCUGCCGCAGAGCCGAGCCGUGGGAACGGGGGUUUGGGUGCGGAGAACAGGGGGCUCGGCCACCCUGCCCUGUGCCACCAUCUCCCGCAGAACGGAGCCUUCACCCCGCGGUACGAGCAGCGUGGGAGGUGAGGCUGCACCGCCUGCUCAGCCCGCGAUGCUCCAUCCCUCAGCCCCAGCUCUGGCUGAAGUUUGCCCAUGGCUCUGCCCGGCUCCAGCCUGUGCCAUCCCAUCCUGCCGUGCCACCCCUGCCAGCUCCCAAACAGGGCUCGCUGCCAGGGUACCUGCUCCUGGCUCUGCUGCACGCUGCAUUUACUGCAAGACAAAGCAGAGCCGCGUCAGCAGUUGUUUGCUUUUAACUCUUCCCUGCUCCUCCGAGGAGCAGCGCCAGUUCAGGUGCCCGGGUGGCACCUCCCUGUCCCCUCGCUGGGGUGCAGGGUGAGCUGAGCCCGGGCUCGGGCACGGCGGGUCCCUGCUGACGCUGCAGGAAUUGCAGCAGCAGCAGCAGCAGCUCGGGGCACGGUGAGGGCCCGGGAGGGCUGGCAGCGGGGCUGGGCUCGGUGGCAGAGCCGCAGCGAUGCGUCAGUGCCGCCGUGGGCAGGCGGGUGGUGGGAGGGGGUGUGGAGCCCCAGCACCCACCUGCAGCCAGGCCACACCCGGGCUUGCCGGUGUCUGACUCCGUCCCAGCUGUGUCUGUGCAAGCCUUGUCACCAAAAUCCCCACGGAUGGAUGGGACACCUGUUCCCAACUGUAUCCCCACCCUCUGCGCUCGUUUGAUGUGGAAAUACAGAAAUCCUGGGAAUUCCCUACCCAGGGCAGCUUUGUCCUGGCAAAGCCCCAGGCAGUGACACCUCUGGGUGCUCAGAGUGGCAUCUGAAAUGUGUCCCUGCUUUGCUGGGAUGGGGGUGAGGGGGCUGCAGGUGAGGAAUGAGGGGCGUGGGGCGCUGCCACCAACAUCCCAAAGGGCACCGAGGCAGGAUGCAGCAGGGCAGGGGCACCAGGUGGCUCCUGGGGGCUGCCAGGGCUCUCCUUGGCCACCUUUCCACAGCUCACCGAGGAAAAAAGUGCAGGGAAGCAAAAUGUGCUGCCUUGGAGUGCUGGGAGGGAGCUGCAGCCACGGCCCACCAGUGGCUGCAAAACCAGCAAAAUAAAACCUUCUGCUGUUCAUUGCUGACUAAUAAACAUCAGCCCCGCUGCUGCUGCUGCCGGUAACGAAGUUUUCCUUCCCAGCCACUUGAUUUUAGUGGGAACUUGACCUCAGAUUGGAUCUGCUCUGCACAGCCUCGCAGGGCUGCUGGUGGCGGGAUGAGAAAUCUCUGCUGGUGGCUGCAGAGCCAAGAGACUGAGCCUGCAGGUGCUGCACACACAGCCUGGCCCUGGGCAGCAGGGAUCAGUGGCAGCUCCUGCCUGGAGAGGCAGGGAGGGCGUUUUCCCAAACCCCAGGUGUUGGGAAGCACAGAAUGGGGGGUGCCACAGGCUCCCCAGGAUGCCCAGAGCAGGGGAUGGGUCCCUCCUGAACCCUGCCAGUCCCAGGAGGCUUCCCCAAAGCCUGUGGGAACCAAUUCCCCUUUUCCUGCUCACCACUGCUUCCCCAGAGAGGCUGAGGGGUGGCUCCAGAGCCCCCAGUCCCACGGGAUCCACCUGCAUGGAGCCAUCCCUGCUGUCCCCUUCCUCAUCCCCGUGUCCCCUUGGAGCCAGCCUGGCUCUGGGCCCUGUGCUGGGAGUGCCCCAAGUCCUGCUCAGGUGGGCAGGAGGGGCUGGGGCUGGACCUGGAGCCUUCCCAGAGCACCUCUGCAGCUCCUCGUGCCGGCUCCAGUGCUGCCUUGGACUGAAAUAAUCUCUGAACUGCACUGCUCCCCACCCUGCCCUGGUGGGAAGAGCCUUGCUCCAAUCCAGCCUCGGAUCCAGACUGCUCAGGGAGAGUCUCCAUCCCCUCCCUGCCACUGCUCCAAGGGGGAAUCACCAGCGAGGCACCAGCAAAGGACACAGCAGACCCCAGAGCUGCCUUCCUGCUGCUGAGCCUGGAACAGACUGCUGCUGCCCAGCCCAGGGCACCCCUGCCCUUCCCAGCCUGGCACCUGGCACCCAGCCUGGCACCCGGCCACCCCAAGGGAUUCCAGCUCCACUCCCUGCUUCCUCCAGGGCCUGGACUGUGAAAAGCCAGGACAGGAGAGGCAGACUGGGAGGAUCCUCCUCUGACACAAACAUUUCAUAUUUCUAAAAAUCAAAACUUAAAAUUCCAACACUCCUCCAGCUGAGUCUGGACCAGGAGAGAUGCUGAGGGAUGCAAAGCCUGGCCACUCCCUCUGUUCAUCCCUCCAUGGAUUCCAUCCCUCUGUCCAUGGAUUCCAUCCCUCCAUGGAUUCCAUCCCUCUGUCCAUGGAUUCCAUCCCUCCAUGGAUUCCAUCCCUCCAUCCCACUGCCCGCCGUGUCCGGGAGGAGGCACGGCAUGGUUACUGACUGUAAAUACAUGUAAAUUGUAUAUACUGGCUGUGCCCAGCGGGGUUUUCUGUUCCCUGGCACAGCCCCACGGGGCACCCUCGGCUCCCCCUCGCCCUCCCCGUGUGCCAGGGGGUUGGUGGCACCGUGCACGAGCCGGGGGGGACCACGGAGGCUGCUGCCACUCUGCCAGGUGACUUCUGCAGGGCGAGGGAGGUGAAGGGAGGUCUCUGCUCCCUGCAGAGAUCCAGGGCAGCACUGUCCACCCCAGUGUCCGUAGCUGGGCCUGUCAGUGGCUCCGUGGUGACCAGGACGUGUCCCUGCUGCCAGCCCUGUUUUCCUCCCUGGCAGUCAUUCCUCAGUGUCCCGGCGGGGGACUGAGCCUCCUGCAGCAAAGGUUCCUGACUGCCACGCUCUGUGUCACAGCAGGGAAAUAAAAGAGUUUUCCUACA